GGCGGGGUUUUCUCCAAUACGGGUAGAAAAACAAGGCGUUUUCUGAUGUUGGAUAUAAACCGGAGUGCUGACAGACACUUCAACGCAAAACUCCGAACAAGGCAGUAGCAGAGGCAGGGCCGAGGGAGGAGUGUCCCUAGCUAUCAUGGAUGACCGCUCGUCUCUGCGUAAAGUGAGCGGCUCCACUGAAUCCGUGUCUACAGUCACCAGUGAGGAGUUUGUGCUGGUGCAGAACGGCGCAGAGGGCUCGCCAUCCAGCUCAGAGGGACGUCCCCGACUGAAGAUGUCUUGGAAUGGAAGUGAGCAACUGGAGAGGGCAAUGGAGGAGGUUCUAGAGGAUGAAUUGAGGACACAGGAGAGGAGAACGGAGAAACCAGUGGAGCCUGGAGAGAACACGCAGGACACAGGCAUGUCUACAGAACCUAAUCCACAGAAAAGACCACGUAGCCUGGCUGUCAGUGACACACCUAAUGAAGCUUCUGUAGCUGCAGUGGGUAGUCUGGUGCAGGAGGAGGAAGAGGAGGAGGAGGAGAGUGUGCAGUUCAGUAAGCUCUCUUACCUGGGCUGUACGUGGGUGAAGGCUCCACGCAGUGAGACUGAGGCCCAGAAAGCAAUGUCCACCCUUAGGGCUGAGAGUCCUAGUCCCAUCCCAAUCACCUUGCAUGUACCUAACAAUCCUGAUGGCUGUGUGAGGAUUGUUGACCAGGCCACUGGCACUGAGAUUGCCUCCUUCCCUAUCUAUAAAGUGCUGUUUUGUGCCCGAGGGAAAGAUGGCUCCUUAGAGAGUGACUGCUUCUGCUUCACUGAGAGCUACCGCAGCUCCGAGGACUUUCAGAUUCAUGUCUUCUCCUGCCAUAUCAAAGAAGCUGUGAGCCGGAUUCUCUACAGCUUCUCCACAGCCUUCAAGCGCUCAUCUAGAGCUGGCUCAGAGAUCCGUGAGUCGGCAUUGCCUCAAUCCCCUGACGGUGACGUCUUCACUUUCACCGUGUCCCUGGAGGUGCGAGAGGACGACGGCAAAGGCAACUUCAGUCCUGUUCCUAAAGACAGAGACAAGUACUACUUCAAGCUGCGGCAGGGUGUGCAGAAGAAGGUGGUGGUUACAGUGCAGCAGAUCUCCAACAUAGAACUGGGAAUAGAGCGAUGUUUCGGCAUGUUGCUCAGUCCUGGGCAGAAGGUUCGGAACAACGACAUGCACUUAUUAGACAUGGAGGUGAUGGGGAAGAGUGCAGAUGGAAAGGCUUACGUGAUCACUGGCAUUUGGAACCCUAACCUUGCUGCGUUUCAAGCCCUCAAUGAGGAUACGCCAAAAGAUAAGCAGGUGUAUAUGACAGUGGCUGUGGACCUGGUAGUGACAGAAGUGGUGGAGCCUGUUCGAUUCCUGAUGGAGGCCUUGGCCCGGGUUUAUCCAUCCAAUGAGAGGUUCUGGUACUUCAGCCGAAAAGCUUUCUCUGAGACCUUCUACCUGCAGCUCAAACCGGGCUUGGAGAAUGGUGGUCAAGGAGACGCCAUAUAUGAAGUUGUGAGUCUUCAGAGGGAAUCCGAGCGAGUGGGAGGAUCACGAGUCCGCUUGCAGUCCCCUACUGAUGAAGAGGAGCCAGAGGAAGACAGCGACAGCGAGAUCUCCAGUGGCACUGGUGAUGUAUCUAAAGACUGUCCUGAGAAAAUUCUGGAGUCCUGGGGUGGCAUCCUCAACAGAUGGCAUGGGAACCUGUCUUCUCGUCCUAAAGGGCUGUCUGCGCUGGUGAGACCCGGCAUCCCCGAGGCCCUGCGAGCUGAAGUCUGGCAGCUCCUGUGUGGCUGCCAGGAUGAACAGGCCCUGCUGGAACGCUACCGCAUCCUCAUCACCAAGGACUCACCACAGGAAGGUGUCAUUACCAGAGACAUCCAUCGAACCUUCCCAGCUCAUGACUACUUUAAGGACUCAGACGGUGACGGACAAGAUUCACUCUAUAAGAUCUGCAAGGCUUACUCUGUCUAUGACGAGGAGAUUGGAUAUUGCCAAGGCCAGUCCUUCCUGGCUGCAGUGUUGUUGUUGCAUAUGCCAGAAGAGCAAGCAUUCUGUGUGCUGGUGAAGAUCAUGUAUGACUACAAACUCAGGGAUCUCUACAGGAACAACUUUGAGGAUCUACACUGCAAGUUCUACCAGUUGGAGCGCCUGAUACAGGAGCAGCUCCCAGAUUUGUGGUCUCACUUCCAGGAUCUGAAUCUGGAGGCUCACAUGUAUGCCUCCCAGUGGUUCCUGACCCUCUUUACUGCCAAGUUCCCCCUCUGCAUGGUCUUCCACAUCACCGACCUGCUGCUGUGUGAGGGCCUGAACAUCAUCUUCAAUGUGGCACUGGCUCUGUUGAAGACCUCCAAGGAGGACCUGCUUCAGGCUGACUUUGAGGGCGCUCUUAAAUUUUUCCGGGUUCAGCUCCCCAAACGCUACAGAGCAGCUGAAAAUGCUCGCAGACUCAUGGAGCAAGCCUGCAACAUCAAGGUGCCAACUAAGAAGCUAAAGAAGUUUGAGAAGGAGUACCAAGCUUUCAGAGAGAGCCAACUGCAGCAGGAGGACCCUAUAGACAGAUAUCAGUUCAGGACUGUGUAGAGAUCUGUGGCGAGCAUGGCAUGCUACACAUGGCACAAGGGGAAAAGAGAGACUCUUAUUCAUAGCUGUGAUCUUAUAUUUGGUCAGCUUCUUGUUUUUUUCUUUUGUCUUUCAAGUCUUUUGUUAAACAAAAUAUAGAGAAGGUGACCGUGCUUAUGAGGACUGUUGUUUUCACUUUUUCUCCUUAAGGAACCAUUUUAGUUUUAAGUAGACUGAGAUGUUUUUGUUGUAUAAAUGAACAUUAAUUUUUUUUUUUUUUUUUUUUUUUUACUGAAGCACUGACAUUUUUCAUUUAUAAGCUAAAGGACAGAAAUGUUUCCAAGUGCAGCUAUUAUGAAGAAUUAAGUUUGGAGUUUGUAAUUGUUAUUAUUAUGUUUAACUGUAAACCAGAUGAGCGCAUGAUGCUGUUGUUAAAAUUGUUCAGUUUUCAAUUUGUAGUUCGAUUUGUAGUGUUCUGUGUUGCAAGAUAUUUUUAUUACAGUAUAUUUUAUUAUAUUUUAUUUUAUUACAAUAUUUUAUUAUUUGUGUUCCUUCCUUUUCUCUACCUUUUGUAUUCCAUUGUUUGGCGUGUAUCUCUGUUCAUAGACGUGCAUGUUUUAUUAUUUAUAUCUCUUCUUUAAUAAUGUAAUAAACUUCUUUUUGUAGGAAACGCUUCACUGUGAAUUUGGGGUUUUCUCAUGUUAGACCAUUUUCAAAAGCUUUUUAAGCAAGACUUUUGGAUGCAAGCUGAACUUUCCGUGAUUUCCGUUCCAUGACUUCCUGUUUACUUCCUGCAACACUCACACAUUUAACCAAUGAGCUUUGCUCACUCACCCCAUUUACCAAAUGCUGCGUGAGAGUGGGUGGAGAGGGAGCAGUGCUGUUUUCUGCAGGAGGUCUGCUGUGGUGUGUGUUUUCUAGUGCUAGAUCGUGUAGUGUUGUCACACUGAUAGUCUACAGCGGUCGCAGGUAAGCCCUAAACCCAGCGGUUCUCUCUGGCUAUUAACAAAGCUUGUUUCUCCUGCAUGUCUGCUGUAAUUUCUGUCCUGUUCUGCGCUUUGUGGGCUUACUGUUUAUGUUAGCUGUGAAAAGAGCUUCUGUGUCUCUCCAUGACACUGGGACCUUCAUGGUUUAAUCAAGUAGCAAUGCAGGCAUGUGUGUGUAUGGGAUGAGUGGAAAUGGGAUUCAGAUGACCGGUCUUCUUCUUCCUGAUAAGCAGUAUGUCCGGCAGAGUGUGUAUCAUGUGAGAGCACUUAGAGGGAGUGGACAGUGUCACACAAAGCCUCUUCUUCCGUUGUAGAUAAUGUAGAUGCUGAAACCCAGUUUAAAGGCACAGCUAAAAGCCACUCAGUUCUCACGUACAGAGAGUCUUUAGGUUUCAGUAGUCAGUGCUGGCCUUAUCUUAAAGUGGCUGAGUAAAAAAAUUUAUUUAGAUCAUUUUCCUCUCAAUAUACAGUACUGUACCAAAGUCUUAGGCACCCUAUAUUUUAAUACAAAUUCUGAUAGAUGUUUAUUUUAUGACAUUACUGAGUCAGCACAAAAACUUUAUAUUUCCAAGCAUUAGUUUUUCAACAAAAUUUUUUUUAUGUUAUAUUAAAUAAUACAUAAUGAAUAAAACAUAAUGAAGUGUGUCGAUUUUACCUGCAAAAAUAAGACCUGCAGAUGUGGCAGUCUGAGUCUCCAGAAGAACUGUAGCAGUCUCCAGGAUGCUCAGUAAAACUUACCAGCCAAUUUCCGUAUUAAAACAUUACAAUAUGUUCCUGAGUCUACUGAUCAUUUUUAAAAAGCAAAGCGUUGUCACACCAAAUCUUGACUUUGUUUAGUUUAUUAUUGUUCACUGAUCCGUAAACUGAUGUGUAAUACCAUUAUUUUUGAAGGGAUCUUUGCACGUGCCUUUUGCACCGUACUGUAUGUAUGGUUAGUUAAAUGUAUUAAACAUGUCGUGGAAGUCUGUUUUUUCCAGACUCUUUUCUGUAACGUGUGUUGUGGUUUUUGAAAAUUCAUCAGAUGUUGGUAUGGAUGGAUAGCCAAAAGAAGACUAAAAAUUUAUUUUUUUAAUCAAAGCACAAUUAGACUUUUGUUCAUUAUGAAAUCUUAAACAUAUUUCGCAAUAACAUGGACAUGUUUUUUAUUUACUUUUUACCCUGGCUGUCUUCCUACAAAGAUCAUGUUUUGUAAGGAGCCAGUUUACCAAACAUGGUGGUAAAAACAGUCAGUCUGCCUAAAGAUAUCUAAAAUCUUGUUAGCCCAAGUUUGAUUUAGUCACAGAAUGAACUUUUAUCAAGUUGUUGGAUAGCUACGUGCUGUAUCAAAACGAAUAUAAGGCCCGUCAGUGCUGUUUGUAAUCAGAUACCAGCUCUCAAAGUGUCCAUGAUACUCUUUCGCCAAAGUCAGAAUUAAUUUUUUUAAUACAACUUUUUUACUUUCAGGGGUAACGUUAAAAUGCCUGUAAUUUUCAGAAAUCUGUCGUUUUCAGAACUAUAUGUAGUCAAACAAAAGGGUUUUCCCAGACCUCCAGACACACAAAUAUGUAUAUACAUCUAAAGUACCCCUGAAUUACAUAUGAGCUCUCUUAUUGAUCUCACAAAAUAAGCUCCAGGACUGUGCAUCCAUCACAUCCAAGAUCAGAGGAUAAUGCAGUACUUUUAGCCCCAGAACCUCAAUGCAAGUCCAGAUCAGUGGUUCCAUGUUGAUGAUGAACAGAAUAGCUUUUGUUAAGAUGUAAUUAACAGCAACAAAACUAAAUUACUGAGAAUUUGAGAUAAGAGUUAUACUGAGAUUCUGGAUAAGAGAGAUUUUUACUUGUUUGUUUUUUUUUGUUGUUUUUUUAAAAGAACUUUGGACAUCAAGCAUGUCUUGAGAGAUUGUUUACAUUCUGUGCAUGUGGACAAUUUAAUUAGUUGAACUAAAAAAAAAAAAACUGAUCUUGGUUCAGAGCCUGUGUGUUCAUCCUGCAAUAGUCUCAAGGCCAAAUUCUGAUCCUGGAUCAGUAGUGAACACUGCAUGCUGCUUUCAUGCCUGCUACAGCUCAGUCUGGUCUGUCAUGUGCUACUGCUUAUAUUUAUAAUGCUGUAUCGUAUUGUGCUGCUUGUCUCAUGCUGCUGUACUCAUUUCAUUCUGCCUAUCAGAUUGAAAAAUCUGUUUAAUAUGGCAUCAGGAUGUGAAGUGGGGUAGAAAAGUAACUGUGAAUGACAGCAUGUCAUGCUAAUUAUUUCCUCAGUGUAGUUUGGUUUCUCAGAUUAUUAUUAUUAUUAUUAUUAACUGUGUGUGUGUGACAUCCGUAUGUACACAAGAUAUACUGAGUGGAAUUUGAAACCAGGAGGAAACUACUUUAAGCUGUCUAGUGAUAUUUUUUUGCUAUUUGUUCCUUUUCGGAAUUGCUGACUGUUGGCUUUUGUGCAGUGUCAUGCAUAUGAGUGAAAUGCAUUCAUUUAUCGUGUAAUUAAUGUAUCUAUAUUAUUGAUGUGCUUGUUUAGCUUUAGCAAGUCCAGUUCAGCCAGCUCUGCCUCUCUUUUACCACCCAGUUAUAUCUAGUCUGUGAGCCCUAUCUCAGUGCUGAAGCUGCAGAAAAG